AUGGAGCACAUCAGAAAAUUCUUGCGGAUACGGCCCAAGAAGAAGGAACGCACUUUUUUUUACAACAAGAAGGAAGUAGCAUACACGUACAAGGAUGUAAAACUGGUGAGACAGGCGCAGAGUAACAAGUGCUUGAUGAAAAUAAAUCUGUGUAGCAAGGGAUCUUUUAAGUACUCGUCUGUCAGAGCGAAGCCGACAGCGGACUUAAAGGCGGGCAAACGAAAAGGCGCGGACACAAAGCGUAUAAGUGCGAAUCGCACCAAAAUUAGGGCCGGCAAACGAUACAAGCGCCUCGAUCUCAACGAAAUCGUUGAUGUCAUAUGGCGAGAUGCGCGCUUGGAGGAGCAUACGGUCAAAGUGAAUGCUAUACCCGAUGAUAGUGUCUUUGAAGAGAAAGAUUUGGAUGAGAUUGUAAAGCAGAGGGAUGAAAAAUAUCUGCUGGCGAACAAAAGGAUUAAGCUGCCUGAUGUACAUGAAAAGGAAGUGUUGGAUUUAAAUUUGGCACUGGUGUACAAAAUUGAACACGAUCAAACGGAUGAUGCUACAGCGUGGACCGCGAGCAGUUUUCUUCCGACCGUCCGUGAUCUUAUCGUAUAUAACACCAAUCAUCUAUUAGUUUACGAUAUUUACAGCUUUAAGCCGAUUUACAAAUUUCAUAGCUGCGCUAAGAUACUGAAGAUCUACAAAAAUGUGCUAUUCCAUGAAGAAGAUGCAGUUAUUAAAUGGCUGCACAUGGCAAGUGGUGAAAGUGGUAGGUUGGUCGGCGGAGUAGAGAACUUUGAUGUUUUGCCGAGAGAUGGCGAAUCCACCUGCAAAACAGCAGGUGAAAGAGGAGCUGAGGAUAACAUGGAGACGUGCAAGGAGCAAAAUGUCUGCAGUGAUGCCGACAGUUCCAUCGAAGCACUAUGUGAUAGUCUGGGCUGUCGGAUGGUGUACACAGAGGAUAAUUCACUGUUUGUCGACAACAUAAUGAUACGUAGGUUCAGACAGAGAAUUUGCACCCUGAGAAUGGUCAAGGACUACGUUCUGAUAACCUCCACAAACAUGUUCCAUCUUUACAAAUGGGAUAAAGUCGUCGUGAAGUAUAACAAAGGCACAAUGUUCAGUGCUCUGGCAUGCAGAACGUAUGAAAAUGGCCUUUUGGCCGUGCUAAAUGAUAUUAACGGUGACAUAUUUCUGUUAUUGUACGUUGACAGGGAACUGACUGAAAAAAGGUUUCAUUGUGGCGAUAUUGUUGAAUUUUUGGAGAUGCACAACACCUUGAACUAUUUCUGUGUCGGUCUUAAGGACGAGACCAUCGUGUACAAAUACGAAAAUGUGAGGAAAAGUGGUGCAAUACAGCGCACUUCAAACGAUAUUAGGGUUAAGGUAGUAAAAAGGAUCCCGGGUAGGUACAGAAAGGCAUACUUUGAUGAUGAAUUACCGUGGCUGUACCUUCUUAGCGAUGACAACAUUGUUUAUCUCUAUAAUUGAAUGAAGUGAGCUGCACAGGAAGUUAUGGUCGCACCUUUUCACCUACCAAGGUGAAAAGUGACAGACCGUAGUUGUUCAGACCAUAUAAAGUGGUGACAUGAUUAUGGAGUGAUAUUUAAACAGACUUUCAAGGGAAAUAGAUGAACUAACGUGUUUUAGGUUUGCUACAUAGAACUGGUAUAUUUUGCUAUCAGUUGCGGAGAUAGAUCUGAAACAUUUUAGUUUUUUAGUAGCUUAUUUUUUACUUUCUGAUUUAUCACUGAGAUUGGAUGAGCAUCAAAAAAGCUUUAUUAUUAAAAUAUUUUAAUAUGAA